AUGUCCAAGGCCAACAACUCCUCUGCCAAACUCGGCGCGUACAAGAAAGUUCCGUGUCGCUAUUUUGAUAGUCACGGUGGGGCAUUGGACCCUCCAUGCCCUCAAGGAGAUAUAUGCCGAUUCCUGCAUCCUGAAGAUGCUGACUGGGGAAAGGGGAAGCAAAACAACAAAGGACGCGACAGGAAGCUACCCCAAAAACCAGAGAAGUACACGCGCAGCAGUGGGAAGCACGACAUUCAUGAGCGGAAAGGAAAUGAUAAGAUAUUCGAUGAAUACCAGGCCAAUCGACGAUCGGACGCUCUAGUUCCCCAGUCGGACCUUUUUGAACGCUACAAGGUCGACACGGGAAUCGUUAAUACCGAACACGAUGUCCAGUCUCGCUACAGGGGUGAUAAUGACUUCAGCCCUCGCAAUCGGGAAGGGCAUGGACGUAGGAAGGAGAGUCGAGGAAAGGACAGCACUCUCCGAUCGUUCAGCGGAGGAGAAGAGCGAUACGGCUUCAAGACGGAGGAAAUCGAAGAUGCAUCUUUCCAUACUCAAAACCCAAGCUUAACCUGGGAAAACGAGAGUGGUGAUGGAAGUUUCCAGACUAAUCGGGGAAGGAAACUCGAGGCGAGGAGAUCAGAGAAUGAAGGUCCUGCAAUCAAGGAAGUCGUGUCCGCUGCUAGGGGGUGUUCUACACCAGCAUCGAGGCGAAGCUGGCCGAAAAUCCAAUUACUGCACGAUGUCAAAACAUCCGAGACGUUUUCGAAGAUGUUCAAAGAUAUAUCCAAACUCGCCAGCGCGGCCGUGAUGAACGCGGCCCAGCAAGCGGUGGAAGAAAAGAAAUUAUCUGCAUACACCGAAUUAUCCGCGUCCGUCUCCAAGAUCUCCUCUUCUGCGUCGAGUAUGAUGGCGCCAGCAUUGGCUGAAGUAUUCCUCCACCAUACAGAGUGCAAGCAACGAGCGGACCAGAGUUCUGCUGCUCUUGGGGCUGCAUGGACCAAGAUCAUGAACGAGUUCCUAAGCGAGAUAAAUCGGAACGUAGAGGAAGGAUUACGGAAUAUCGUAGAACGUUUGGAAGGUCAGGAUAUCACCAGAAUGCGCAAGCAAGGUUCUCCAGGUUUGAAGAGGGCAUGGGAUGGGCACGAGGCCACAGAUGUCGGCAGGCAUCCGUCACUCGAGGGAGGCUGGCAGGGAAAGAUUGGUGGUAGGAACAGGGCCACCAGCGACAGCGACUAUGGCGGAAUAGCACCGGCCAAGCGACGUCGAACAGGAGGAUCGAGCCAUACGCCAGAGGCCAACGAUCAGCUCAAGGAUGAUCUGAACCCAUACACGACGUCCUUCGUGGAAUCGUUGAGACAGCAGAUGAAUAUGCAGGAUCGACAAUUGCAAGCCCUCCAACGCGAAAAUAAGGAGUUCAUACGCGACGAGCUGGCUACUACCUUUGUUCCCGACGCGUUGCAUUCGUAUGGAAGAAUUGAAUAUCAGGCCGGCCUCACCAUGACUCGUUCUGCAUCCAUGUCACCCCUUACGCCGCCUCAGUCUCCUCCAGUCCAAUCGAUCCAACUACUCGAAGUAGCCGACACACAGACACCAAGGAAAUCCACCCCGCCAAUCACGAAGUCGAAUCCUGAAGGUUCUCUCAUGCGCCGCUCAAAACGAAUAUCAAAAGCAGCAGACGCUGUCGAUGAGCUGGCCCUAGCAACCGAGGAGAUUGGUAGUUCUGGUGAUGAAGGGGAUGCAGACGGUGCCGAGCGUGGAUCGGGCGAGGAUGGUCUUGACGCUAUCGACAGUAUGCAGAUACCUGAAGAUGAACCGACAUCUGCCCUUGCCUCAAGGAUUAUCAGAGCUCAUGAUAAUCCUUCACCACCACCCGACGCUGGAUCGAUUUCUGUCAGAGGAAGAAGGAGCCGGAGUCCGGAAGAAGAGGACUUCGUUGCAACUAGGCAGUUAGAACUCGAAGAACUGACCGAUGCCAUAGCCCCACUCAUCGUCGCAAUGUCUAGGGAAUCGUCCCCCCUGAUCCACCAUGCUGAAUCCUCGCCUACCGUUUCGCCUCCAUUAGAAGUCAGCCCCUCCGACGACCCUUCUAACAGCGACAAUCCUUUUUUGUCACCAAUAUCUAAAGUUUUGAGCCUACCACCCGUUGCCCUGGAUUCGGAAAUACACCAGCUGCCCUCCUGCGUGGCUGACGUCGACGAACAAUUAACACCCAAAGCUGCUGCUCUUCAAUUAACUCCACAGUCGAGAAGUAGCGCUGACGGUAGAUACAUUAAUCCUACGUUGACUUGCCUGCCAGCAUUGACGGCGAUCGUCACAGACAAUGUUACUCAAGGCUUACAAUUCGCUCGACCUGACGAUGAGUUACAGCCACCGCCGCCAAUGCCUUCACAACAUGCUCCUUCCACACCGCUGCCCAAGGCAUCCUCCAGCAAAUUAAACUAUGACGAGACGACGUCCGUUCUACGAAGAUCGCCCCGACGAAGCAUAGCGCCAAAGUAUGCAGUGUCGAGUAUAGUAAAUUCAUCUGACUCCCCGCAUGUUGGAACUGCGCCUUUCUUUUCUAUGACUAGAAUUGAAUCACCAGCACGAGACGAGAGGUCGACAGAGGCUUUCUCCUUGAACGAUCCCCAUGACCUCGCAGCAUCUGGUUUACAAGCGGCGAAGAGUCUCAAAGGAAAGGAGAAGGUCACUAAGGAUGAGGGCGCUGAAAUCCCUCGCGUAGCCAAAUUCUCUAGAGCACUUGGGUCGCUAUCCCCCGACUCGAGUAGAAUGCUUUCCCAAUUACGAUUUGAACCCGGGCCCUCAUCUAUCGCUCAGGUCCUGGCCGAAGACGGUGGUAGCAAAGCAUCGCCUCGUAAAGAGAGUUUUCUGGCGGAAAGACUUGUUCCCGCUCCCGUGUUUCCCCAUCUCUUCGAAGGUCCGCAACGAGUUCCUAUGACUCCGGGUAGACAAACUAGUCCGAGACGCGAUGUUGGCUCAUCUAAACCGCAAUCCAUUGACCUUGCUUCCUCCCCCGAUACAAUGCAUUCCCCGGCUCGCCGGGUGCCAAUUGGCGAAGCCGUCUCGAAGGGCUAUAUCUCGCCGCUCAAGGCAGCUCAGCUCAGCUCGGCCAAGGGAUCUAUAUCCAGUGGUGCAUCCCGCCUUCAAACACUGAACAUUCCCCGGACAGACUCACCCGCGCGCCGAGUGGUAGCUGAGUCGAAGGGGGGCCAGCGCGCCGGAGACGCGCCGGUUGCCAGGUCAGGCGCCAAAGUUAAACCAAACAUCUUCGCGGCCAGUCAGCGAUCUAAGUCAACAACAGAGACGGCUCCGCGGGCGUCAUCCAACCCUCCGUACACGCCCAAUCAUUUACCAUCCACCAACCUUCCAUUUCCUCUUGUUUCUGCAACGGCGAAUCACAAACUUUCGAAGAUCGUUGAAGACAAGGAUCAUGACACCGCCCCACCCGAAUCUUCGCCGUCAAAGGAUCCUCCAUCGUCCCCAACGAAGUCGAGCCUCAAACAGGUUAGCAGUAAGAUACCUCGACCGGUUACUAAGCCAUAUGCUCGCCCCAUCCCUCCCAUUAUCAAACGAGGGGAUGCCUCUGACACUCAGAGGACCACUGCGUCGACGUCUCGUAUGAUAAACCGUGCACCGUCAACAACCUCCAGCUAUUCUGUUAGCAGUGUGGCACCCUCACCUCUCAAGCGGAAACGGCCUGAUCCUAAGCCUGUAAACCGUCGACCAGUCCCUCUGGCCAAAGAUAAAACCUCGGACAGUCGAACAAAAGAAACUCUUUCAACCGUGCCCCCAGCCUCGCCAACUAAGUUCAGACUUGUGGUUGAUGUCCCGUCUCUCCCCGAGGCCCCCAGCCCAAUGGUGAUCAGCCCGUCAACGGAUAGUAGUAUCCCUCUUCCAUUACCCAGCGAACAACAGGCUGUUGAACUUGCCGUACCGUCAUCUGGAGCGCCUGUAUUUACAUCGCCGCCACCGACCUCUGACAACUCAUUACCAAUGGCCGAGAACGCUACUGAGCACAGUGCUGUGGGCAUUCAGGACUCCGAUACGAUGUCUAAUGGUCGGGUGCGACGAACUACACGCACGCGGAAGCCAGUCCAAUACUUCCCGCCUGUUGAAUUAAUCAGUCAGCCUGAGCCUCGGGCAGCUCCGUCACGGCGAAAGGCCGCUGCAGCACCAAACGAAGCUGAGGGUUUUGCGGGGUUGAGCACCGUUGCACUUCGAACGCUAACAACAAGUAAUACCGCCCGAAAUCAAGAAUAUCUAACGGUGAAAUUGGAGACACAGGUUAUUCGUAAGGAGGGUUCAAGGCCCGAAAGCCCUGUCGUGAAGAUCAAGACGGUUGCUGAGCGACAACAAGAACAGCGCGGUCACCAGAGGGAGCAACGUGCGCUCAGAAGGCGCGCCCGUCGUAUUGGGAGCCCCAUUGAUGAAUCUGAUGACUCCUUGCCCGUAAUCACAACGCCCGCUGAGGGCACUGGCUCACCGCAAGAUCGUAGUUACAGCGAGGAUGAUAGCGAUACUGCCGAUCGACCCGUGAAGCGCACCAAGGGAGCUGAGGAUCGACGUGUAAGGUGGAGAAAGUCGUUGACUAAGUUCGUCAUCUUGGAUGAUAUACAACCGGGGACACGAUCACGGUCACAAGCGAAUGCUUUGGGGAAGGGUUGCCUCGCUUCAAAAGCAAAGACUGUCGAGCUUGACGCCCUUGGUAAUUUACCAGCUGCGAAAUCACCUUUGAAUGAUCUUGUUCAAGAAAGUAUCUUCGUACAGAAGUUCGUGUAUGACGACGACGAAGUGGAGCCAGUAGAACCCCAGGUUGAAGUGAUAGUGAAGACUACGCGGUCAAGGACAAAGAAGGGCAAAUCAUAA